UCAGUCUUUGCCUCUGCUGUACUUUCUUUCUUGACCAUUCACUCUGCCUCGCACUCCUUCUUUUCUCGUAUCGUGUUUCCUGCUUUAACGUCUCUUGGCACUUGCACCGGUUGCCCCUUCGUUUCUCAAAUCGUCGUUGCCUUCUGUCGAAGUUUUUAAAGAGACCGUGUAUCCUACCUCGCGCAAAGAUGUUCUUCAAAUUCUUGUCGAUUGCAUUGUUGGGUGUUAGUGCUGCAGCGGCGCCGUUGAGUUCGCGUCAAGAGACAGUGUCGAACGUCGUUUGUUCAAAUGCAUCUGCACUUGACUCCCACACUGUGAACGUUGCGCUGCUGCAGAUUUGUGGUGGCAUCGCAGGUUCGAUCGAAUUUUGCCAGGGAAAUCCGACAUCGACGACGGGCGACUCUGGGAACGUGAGGUUUACGAUUACGCCUGUUGAUAAGGGUGCGACGAUUAAUAUUUCUAAGGGUCGUUGGGAACAGGGCAUCAAGGCUGCAUUUGCACAGUGCGGCCAGGAUAUACCCUUCACGGCUACGUUCACGGGUGGUGCGAGUACGGGAGAUGUCAAUGUCAAGUUGGAGCAAGUUUAACGCGUGUUGCGAUGAAUAUCCCUGGCUGUGAGAUGCUUAAUAGGAAAAGGAGAGUACUCUGGGAUUUCCAUUCUUUUCAUUUUGUUUUUCUGUUUCCUUGGGAGUGUUUUGGGUUUGAGUGGUCAUGUUUUUCUCGAUAACUAGUUUCUCGGCAAUCUGGGAGCAUAUAAC